ACUUCCCACUGGGCGCCAUUACAAACGUGUCUCCGAUAUACAUUUCAGUACGUCUAUUCUGUACCUAUAUUUCAUUUGCCUGAAAUAUAGGUAGGUAUACGAAGAUAUACGUAUCGGUGCGGUUGUACGAGCUUUCCUCAAAUGGACUUUCGUAUUUACGGAUCCAAUUCGUGGGUCUCUUAACUCUGAGUGCUUUGAGUGUGGAAGCUUUGAGAACGGUUUCUAAUAUCACGUUAUCUAAUGAUGAUUGAAGUAUAACAUGUACUCGGACAGUGAUGUUAUGUAGGCGGCGAAGUGGUACCGUGUGAAUGGACGGGCACAAGAUCGAUAUAGCGGAGUGCGCAGGUCCGCCUCGCCACACAGCUGGUGGCUUUGCAUCCUUCCGCGAGGACCGCUCUCAGCCGAGUAUCAGUGCCUACCGGGGGACCCAAGUGAUCUAUUUUACCACGGAAAUGUUCCGGACUUGUUGGCGGUUCUAAACGAUGUAAUGGGCCGCAUGUGCUGGCGGGAGGCACUGUGGGCGCUGGUGUUGUUCUGCACACUGGCGCCCUCGCAUGCCGAUGGGAACAUAGGAUGCUUGUUUAGCUCGUCUCUCUGCAUAGAGGGAGUGGAGUGGUGCUAUGAUGACUUUGCAUUUGGAAAAUGCAUACCCGUCUACGACAGCGACCCUGAAGACGGGGCCCUUUACCAAUAUGAUAUGAGCUCGUCCCAGCUGCAAUGGUUUGAAAGGGAACUUCAGCAGCUGGCGACACGGGGCUACCGCUGGGAGCAUGCGUAUACGCAGUGCGUGCUCCAAAGCAUGCUGUACGCACUCCGUCGAAACCUGAAUCCAGCGAAUGUGAACUCAAAAUUGUGUGACCAUUUCACUGAUCCAAAGCUAAAUACUGCACCUCCAGGUGACAGCGAAGAAAACCUUGAGAUUGAACCUGAUGAGACAGCCUACGUACGAUUCAUGCCAAACUCACAGUUAGCAGACUCAGACUAUGCAAAUGAGGUAUACAAUCCUCCUUUUACACCAGAUGAAGACCCAUCAACAUAUUUAACGCAAGCAGGACAAGUGCCAAUCGUCACUGAAGAUUUGGAAUCGGAAGAUACCCCAAGUGAUAAACUACGAGAUUUAAUGUUAAUGACGGGAAUAGAAGAAUCACCGGUCAUCAUGCCUUUUGAAGGCUUUAGAGAACGCAUCCAAGCUGAAGAAUUGGCAAGAGACCAAAAUGCUAGAGGUUCAGUUCCUAAUGAGUUUGUAGAUAAAGAGAAAAAGUCUCUAGCAGAGACGAAGAUAGAAAGACCUAGUAGUGAUAAUGAUUUCAAAGACGAAGAACGCCUGGGAGCCCAUUUUAGACAGUUUAAGACCAAGCUUCAACCAAACACGGCAGAAUACCUUGUUAGUAAUCAAUUCUCACCUUUAGAUGCUGAAGUACGAUCAAAUGCUUUGGAAAAAUACAAACAAAGCUUCGCUGAAAAGAAUUUUCCGUUCGAAUAUGAAAAUCCAGGUGAUAUUCAAGAACCUAGAGUUUACUAUGAGGAGGACGGUGCUGAUGAGUUCCCUAUUGAUGCUGGCAGUGGCGAACUAGAUUCUUAUCAUGGAAAAGAUUCUAAUACUAAACUACGAAAUCCUAAAUAUAUGGAGUAUUUGAUGAACUAUUGGCGUGAAAUAACCGCAGCUAGAUUAAAUGCCAAGGAAAAUAUGUAUGCUGAAGGUGGUCCUUUGAAACCCGAUGAACUUCAAGGUGAAAAUACAAAUUUUUAUUUAUCGGAAGAUUUUCAAGAUUUACUUAAUAGAGAAUGGGGCUUUAAACGUAGGGAAAGAGACGAUGUUAAAAAGCCUGGGCCGCGCCUGGACGCAAAAACGUUAAUGAUAUUAUACAACAAUAAAUCAGUGACAGCACAAAAAUCGACAAAUCAACAGCAUCUAAACAAGCCAAAUCAUAACCACAACGAUUUUAAUUAUGACCCGUCGUUCGCUUUCGUCACUUUCCAUAAUAGGUUCCUUACUGACUGGGCAAAGGGCUUGUCUUUCAUCGAAAGACUUGAACAGAUGCUGGGCUUAGAGAAAGAUACUUUUACCAACCCUCGGGUCGAUCCUUACGAAGUAACUUUUAAAGUGGAAAAAAAUAGUAAGGGAUACGAUGCUGCGGAAGUUGGAAAAAGAAUAGAUGCUAUUAAAGACCAAGUUCGAGUAGAAACAGGAGCACAAAUUGACACUAUUGGUAUUGGAGACCGGAGUAAGCAUCCCGUCAUAAGUCACCCAAUCGUACAAGAACCUAGAUUCUUCGGGUUGUCAAUGCCCGUUCUUUUUGCCCUUAUUGGGAGCAUGUCUGUACUGAUCGUGGGCGCAGUGAUCGUGGCAGUAAUGCUGAGACAUGACAUUAUGGGCUCCAAAAGGAAGAUGCAAGGGCUUGCUUCAGCUGCUGAGAUAGAUGCUGAAGCCACCAGAGAUUAUCAGGAACUUUGUCGUGCCCGAAUGUCGGGCAAAUGGACGGGUCAGCAGACCGCAGCAGUUGCUCCGCACCCAGCUGAGCCCUCGCAACGAAUCACGUCGCUCUCCCGAGAACCUGAUGGAAACUCUCCAUCAACACGCUCCAGCACCUCAUCAUGGAGUGAAGAGCCAGCCCUUACCAACAUGGACAUAUCAACUGGGCACAUGGUUUUGGCUUACAUGGAAGACCAUCUUCGCAACAAGGAUCGCCUUGAGCAGGAAUGGCGGGCUUUGUGCGCGUAUGAAGCUGAACCUUGUGCUACGGCUGCUGCUUUGAAGCCAGAGAAUAAUGGGAAAAAUCGCUAUGCUGACUUAUUGCCCUAUGACCACUCCAGGGUCACACUUAAUACGCUGUCCAAUCAUCUCGGAUCUGAUUAUAUAAAUGCUUCUACGAUCACCGACCACGAUCCACGUAACCCUGCGUACAUCGCCGCUGCUGGUCCCCUCGCUCACACCGCACCUGACUUCUGGCAAAUGGUCUGGGAACAAGGCAGUGUCGUGAUGGUCAUGCUUACUCGUCUCACUGAGAACGGCCAACAACUUUGCCACAGAUAUUGGCCUGAAGAAGGAUCUGAGCUGUACCAUAUCUAUGAGGUGCAUUUAGUCAGCGAGCACAUCUGGUGUGACGACUACUUGGUACGCAGCUUCUACCUGAAGAACCAACGCACAGGCGAAACCCGAACUGUUACUCAAUUCCACUUCUUAUCCUGGCCAGAGAACGGAGUGCCAUCUUCUACUAAGGCUUUGCUUGAAUUUAGGAGAAAAGUGAAUAAAUCGUACCGUGGAAGAUCUUGCCCAAUAGUUGUCCAUUGCAGUGAUGGCGCCGGCCGCACAGGCACGUACUGCCUAAUCGACAUGGUGUUGAACCGUAUGGCCAAAGGUGCUAAAGAGAUUGACAUCGCGGCUACCCUGGAGCACAUCCGCGACCAACGACCGCGCACCGUCGCUACCAAACAACAGUUCGAAUUUGUCCUCAUGGCUGUCGCUGAGGAGGUACACGCAAUCCUGAAAGCUUUACCCGCGCAUUUACAACAACUGCAAGAGAAAAAGGAAAAAGAAAAGGAGAAAGAAAAGGAAAAAGAAGGGACUGAAAAAGAGAAACCAAAUUAAACGCACCGCUUUCGCAGACACGACCUAGUUACUUAGACAAAAUUAGCGCCGGCUCUAGUAAAAACUACUUUCGCAAGUAAAAAAAUAUACGUAUAAAAAAAAUUACCCGUUGCUUCUCUUAUUCAUUUUUAAUCAUAAGAACUGCACACAUUUAUUUAAAAUAAGUUAUUCUAGGUAUCAUAAUUUUGUACUCGUUAUUGGAAAAGACUAACUAGGGCCGGACUCUAAUUAAAAAGUACGUUAAAUUAAUCAAAAUAUUAUUGUCGUUCUCAUAUUUUUACAUGUUCCAGGUUGAGAAUCAUACCUACUUAUAAUUUUAUUAUACCUACUUACCUAAUCAGUUAAUUUCAUUUACUGUAGAUUUUUUUAAUAGUUACAAUAGCUCAGUGGUAAAAGCGUCGAUUAAAAUUUAAAAUGUUCCAAUAAAAACUAUUGUUGGCAUAAGAUAAACUAGAACAUGUACAAACUAACUUAUUAAAGCUUUUAUAGGUCUGAAGGUUCUCAACUUGGGCAAAAUAAUAAUUUAUCGAAUUUUUGUACUUACUUAUGUGUAUUUCGCUUUAAGCUACAAUUUUUUAUUCACAAAACAUUAUAUUCUAUUGUUAUACUUUGCUGAUAUACGCAAAAAAACAGCGAAACUAGGUACUUUAAUGCUUAUUACAAUGUAUUAAUAAUUAAUUAAUGCUGUUUUGUGAAAUCUAUUAGGUUAUCCUAAAAGUAAAUUAUUUACAUGAUGUUUCUAAAGCCCUACAGAAAUAAAAUAUUUUCAUACGAAAUUUCAGUCUACUAUCUAUAUAGGUACUAUUAUCAUACUGACCAUGAAAAUAACAAAAUAAUAUUUAGGGAUCAUUCUAGUCAAUUUAUCAAAAUAUGUCAGAAAACGACUUAUGUAGUUUUGAUCUACAAGUUAAAUUAUCUUACUGGACUAUUGUUACUUCAGUAGAUUAUUUUUAGCCAUUGAUAUGAUUGCAAUUAAAGCAAAAUUCAAUGCUAAAUUUAAAACAAAAUGAUGUAUUCCUUAGGCCAUACUAGAUACCUAGAAAUAUAUCAAGGAAUACGUUUUUGUGUACAAUGCGCUUCUACUGUAGAUUCAAACUAGUCAUUAAAGGAAUACAUUAUUAUAACUGUUACAUGUAUUAUUAUUGUUUACUUAUCAAUUUGUUAUUAUUAAUGGAAUAGAUAUACGAUCUAUACAUAGGUCUGUUUGUAAAAUGAACUCUAAUUUUAAAUCUAUAAGAUAUCUUUUACCUACGUAGGUACGUAUUUCUUAAGCAUCUACAUAUUUGCUGUUAUUUUUGUAAGAAAUAAAAAAUAUAUGGACUUAGCAGCUAAUCAAAGAGGAAAAAACUAAAAUAAACAAAGGCUAUGCCGAAUCAUAUCCCGAAAACGGUAUACCUGAUAAAAAUUAAUCAGAUAAAUGAGAUAAAAUAAUAUUUACAGACUAGCAGAAACAAUAGAGAUCGUAGUUAGCUGUGUACUAUUUAUAUGAAGUUAUUAUAUUUAUUGCAUACCUACUAUGGGAAAAAAUGUAAAAAAAAAUAUUACCACGAAAAAUGAUUGUAGUUUAGAUAUAAGAGAAAAUAUAUUUAACCUGUAUUUCUGUAUGAAAUUAUAUGUAGUUUUUAUGUGAAUGAUGAAUUGAUGGAUUUGAUUGCCUAUUAAAACAUUUUAGGGAAAAACUGUCCUUGUUCCUCCCUUUUAAUUUAAUCCUAUCUACGUGGAAACUAUUUAUGUAACAAGUUUUUUAACAGUUAAUGGUUUGAUUGCCAUCACACCUCCAAAAUAAAGUGAAGAAAAAAAAUUA